AUGUCUAAACGUCGCCGCAGCUUAGGCAGCACAUCGAUGCCUGGCAACUGGGAUGCAAUUAGUGAGGAGGCUGGUCUUGUUCACAGGGCGUUCACCCUAGAGAGCCGCUUGCAGGACGCAGUGAAGAAGCGUCUGCUGCUGCGGCGGCAGCUGUCCACCCCGGAGAGCUCGUCCAGCCCGGCCAGCGAGGGCCAGGAGGGCUCCGACGACGGCAGCUCGCGAGACCUGUCGCUGCACGAAGAGUCCUCGGGAGACACGCGCGACGUCAGGGGGAGCUUAAAGCAGCUAAAGAUCGCUGCGCCCAAGCCGCAGACGUCGCAAGCGCCGCCGCAGACGUCGGCGCCACCGUCCCCGCAGACGUCGCCCGCACAGCCGCAGCCUCUGACGUCGGCGCCGCCGUCACCGCCGACGUCGCCUGCACAGCCGCAGCAGCAGACGUCGCCCGCGCAGCCAACGUCGCAGCCGACGUCGCCGCCGUCGCCAACAGUGAGCGACGCGAUGCGCGAGAUGUUCUCCCCCGGCACCAGCGACGAGAUCUGGUCAGCCAGUGCCCCCUGCUCUCGGGAGGGCAGCAUGCCGGGUUCCAGGCCAUCCUCCAGCGCCGCCUCCAGCCCCUCCAGAGCUGAGGGCCGGAGUUUGCGGGACGUGCCACCAGAACCUGAGAUCCCUCAAGAGGGCACUGAGGGGAAAAGCGUGCUGGAGGAGGAGGCGGAGAAAGAGGCCGGUCUGUUCCCGGGGCCUGACCUUGAGGGCCUGUUCACGUGCUCCGCGACAGGCGUCUUCCGGUCAUCCGCCGGCGAGACAUCGGCAUUCAGAGGCCUCCCAGAAGAGCCACUUGAAGAGCAGCAGAAAGUGUCAGAGGAUCCAGUGUGUGAAGAGACAGGUGAGGGGACAGGACAGGGCCAGGGACAAGAGGUGGGCCCCCCUGCUUGGACACUCGGGGCUCUAGCCGCGGUGGCCUCCUCGGCAUUCGGUGGGCUGCAGCAGAAGCCACAGCAGCAGCAGCAAACUGAAGGAGAGACAGCACAGGGCGGGGCAGCGCUGGCGGAGGACAGCGGUGACCAAGAGCAAGAGCCAGGGGCAGAGGAAGAGGCAGAGGGGCCACUGGGGCAGGACUCGCCAGGGCCGCAGCAGAGGCGGGCCUCGAAGCGGAAGAGCACAGCCGGCCACUACGGGCUCAUGCCGAAGAGGGGCCGCAAGUGA